AUGAGUUACUCCAGCGACAUUUACAGCAGCAGCUCUUAUCGGAAGAUCUUUGGAGAUGCGCCCCGGUCCGGCCGCGUGGGUCUGGGCAGCAGCAGCAGCCCGUCCCGCCUGCACCCUGCGGGAUACCGCAGCAGCCAUCGCACCUACGGUUCCCCCUCCGUGAUGUCCUCCACCACCUACCGCAGGACAGCGGCGCCCGGCCGCCUCUUCUCCGCCAUGCCGGACUCCGGGAUGGACCUGGCCCAGUCCACCGCGGUCACCAACGAGCUCAAGAUCAUCCGCACCAACGAGAAGGAGCAGCUGCAGGGCCUCAACGACCGCUUCGUGUCUUUCAUUGAGAAAGUGCACAACCUGGAGCAGCAGAACAAAGUCCUGGAGGCGGAGGUCAUGAUGCUGCGGCAGCGCAACAACGAGCCCUCCCGCCUGCACGAGCUGUACGAGCAGGAGAUCCGCGAGCUGCGGGCGCGCGUGGAGGAGCUGACGCACGAGAAGAGCCAGAUGCACCUGGACUGCGUGCAGAUGAACGACACGCUGGAGCGCGUGAGGGAGAAGCUGGAGGAGGAGACCAGGCUGCGCGAGGAGGCGGAGAACAUCCUGAAGGGCUACCGGAAGGACGUGGACGACGCCACCCUGGCGCGCCUGGAGCUGGAGAAGAAAGUGGAGUCGCUGCUGGACGAGAUCGCCUUCCUCAGGAAAGUUCACGAGGAAGAGCUGCAGGAGCUGCAGACGUCUCUGCAGGCCACACAGGUGUCUGUGGAGAUGGACAUGACCAAACCCGACCUGACCGCCGCCCUGAAGGACAUUCGGGCUCAGUAUGAGAACCUGUCGGCCAGGAACCAGAGCCAGGCAGAGGAGUGGUACCGCUCCAAGUUUGCCAGCGUGACCGAGGCGGCGGCCCGCAACCAGGACGCCAUCAAGCAUUCAAAGGAGGAGCUGAGCGAGUACCGCAGGCAGGUGCAGGCCCGCACCCUGGAGAUCGAGGCCCUCAGGGGCCACAACGAGGCUCUGGAAAGGCAGAUUGCCGAGAUGGAGGAUCGCCAUAACAAUGAAAUCGGAGCUAUGCAGGAUACCAUUCAGCAGCUGGAGGCUGCCCUGCGCAGCACCAAAGGGGAAAUGUCCCGUCACCUGCGUGAAUACCAGGACCUGCUGAACGUCAAGAUGGCGCUGGACAUUGAGAUCGCCGCCUACAGGAAGCUGCUGGAAGGCGAGGAGUGCCGCCUCAGCUCCGUCGGCGGAGCCAUGGUCCAGUCCGGCUACCCCGGCUUCUCCUACAUGUCCGCCCGCACCUACACCCUCGGAGCCUACAGGAAGUCCGGAGCCAAGCCUGAGGAGGAGGAAGAGGAGGCGGAAGAAGAGGAGGAGGAGGGAGAGGAGAAUGAGGAGGAGGGCGAGGAGGGAGAAGAGGGAGAGGAGGGAGAGGAGGGAGAUGACCAGGAAGAGGGCGAGGGAGAGGGAGAGGAGGAGGAAGAGGAGGAGGAGGAGGAGGAGGAAGAGGGGGAGAAGCCGAAGGAGAAGGAGGAGAAGGAGAAGGAGAAGAAGAAGGAAAGCCCCACCGGCAAGAAUAGCAAGAGCUAA